AUGCAGUUCACUCUCUCCGCUGUCGUCCUCGCCCUCGCUGGCUUCGCCGCCGCCGCCCCUACUGAGGCACUCAACAACUCCGUCGAGGGUCACGAGGGUCCCCGCUUCAAGGUUCCCGAUGGAAUGACCGUCAAGGAGGCCCAGGCCAAGUGUGGUGACCAGGCUCAGCUCUCUUGCUGCAACAAGGCUACCUACGCCGGUGACACCACCGAUGUCAACUCCGGCAUCCUCGGUGGCACUCUCAGCAACCUGAUCGGUGCUGGCUCCGGUGCCGAUGGUGCUGGUAUCUUCGACCAGUGCUCCAAGCUCGACGUCCAGAUCCCCAUCCUCAUUGCUGUCCCCAUCCAGGACCUCCUCAACCAGCGCUGCAAGCAGAACAUUGCCUGCUGCGCCAACUCUCCCUCCACCGCCAGCUCCGAUCUUGUUGGUGCCGGCCUCCCCUGUGUUGCCCUUGGUUCCAUCCUGUAA